GUUCUUGUCAAAAAAAAAAGAUUAACAAGUGUAAGGAAAAAACAAAUUGAGCGAAAAUACAUAGCAAGUGUGCCAAGACUGUGUAAUAACGGUGUCUAGCUUCAAUUGAUGCAGACACGGGUUUUUCUGAAUCGCAGCGUGAAGAAGAAGAAAGAAUCCAAGUAUAUCAGAGGUUUCAUGGCUAGAUUUCAUACCAGAAAAUUAUCUCCAAGUAUCAUCACCUUCUACACCAUUUUCGUCUUCGCUUUCUCCGUCUUCAUCUUCUUGUUAUACGUAAGAACCUUCAUCACCGACGAAGAAGAUCAACCGCAUCCUCACAUUUCUCGAUCUCACGAGGUGCCAAAGCCACCUAGGUUCAAGGACGACGGACAACUUUGGGUUUCUCCUAACAGUCAUGGAUUCCACCCUUGUGUCAAGCCAACUGCGAAAUAUAAAGGUGUCCAACAAUUUGAUCGCUAUCUGUCUGUUAGAAGUAACGGUGGACUCAAUCAAAUGCGAACUGGUAUAGCAGACAUGGUGGCUGUGGCACAUAUAAUGAAUGCAACUUUAGUCAUCCCUCAGUUGGAUAAACGUUCAUUCUGGAAAGACUCGAGUGUAUUUUCAGACGUAUUCGAUGAGUUUCAUUUCAUUGAAUCCCUGAAAGGAGAUAUCGGGAUUGUUCAGGAACUUCCCAAGAACUUGGAAGCUGCCCCUCGGGCUAGGAAACACUUUACUUCCUGGUCUGGAGUUGGUUAUUAUGAAGAGAUGACAAGGUUAUGGAAUGAUUAUCAGGUGAUUCAUGUUGCCAAAUCAGAUUCUCGACUUGCAAACAAUGAUCUUCCUCUAGACAUCCAGAGGUUGAGAUGCCGUGCGAUGUAUCAUGCACUUCGAUUUUCUCCUCCUAUUGAGAAUCUAGGAAAGAGGUUGGUAGAUCGGCUGAGAUCACGCGGGGAAAGAUAUAUUGCUCUCCAUCUAAGAUAUGAGAAAGAUAUGCUAUCUUUUACUGGUUGUGCUUAUGGUCUGACAGAUGCAGAAUCUGAAGAGCUGAGAAUUUUAAGGGAGACUACAAAUUAUUGGAAAGUAAAAAAGAUAAACUCAACAGAACAGAGAAUUGGAGGAUUUUGUCCAUUGACUCCAAAGGAGGUUGGCAUUUUUCUUCAAGCUCUUGGCUUUCCCCCAUCAACACCAAUAUACAUUGCUGCAGGGGAGAUCUAUGGUGGUAAUACUCAUCUAUCAGAGCUCUCUUCCCGCUUCCCUAAUCUAAUCUCUAAGGAAUCUCUUGCAACUCCUGAAGAGCUAAAAGCUUUCACCAAUCAUGCAUCUCAAAAUGCUGCAGUCGAUUACAUAAUCUCUGUAGAGAGUGAUGUGUUUGUUCCAUCUUAUUCGGGAAAUAUGGCACGAGCUGUUGAGGGACACCGCAGGUUCUUAGAUCACCGCAAAACAAUCAACCCAGACAGGAAAGGACUUGUUGGAAUAUUUGAUAAGCUGGAAACUGGAGAGCUAGUAGAAGGAGCGGCACUGUCACAUAUGGUGCAGCGGAUGCACAAGAACAGGCAAGGAGCUCCAAGGAAAAGACAAGGUUCAUUACCGGGAGUUAAAGGCCGGGCACGUUUCAGGACUGAAGAGUCCUUUUAUGAAAAUCCAUACCCAGAGUGUAUAUGUGGUUCGAGAAACAAACUAGAAAGAAUGUGAAAAGAAACCAUACAGCAGUUCCAGUUCCAGUUCCAAUCUAAAGCUUUUGGAAGGUCUUGUUUAUAUGCGGAGAUGUUUUAGAUAGACUGUAAUUGUAACUACCCAUUUCCGACAUGGGUGGUUCCUUGCGUGUGCCUUGAACCAAUGUGGUCGCAGGGGUUUUGGAAACCCAUAACAACAAACCCACAGUGAUGGCAGCCUAACUCCUUAGCUGUACAACAGUUCACUUCAAGUAGCAUUGAGCCAUCGGCAUUAUAUACUAAUUCAUAGAUAGAAUACCCCCGUCCCAUGUGCUUCCGAAAUGAACUCUAGUCUACAGGUGAAGCCAUUGCGGAAGGCAAGAUGUUAUUACAUUGUAAAGUUUAAUAGCUUCCCAUCUUUGGUUAUUAUGUUUGACAAGCUAGUCUCGUCUAUCAUCUUAUAGUUAAUUUUUUUGGUAGAUGACCUUAUCCCUGUUAGUUUAUAAUUUGCUUAUAUCAACUUAUAGCAUUUUUUAGAUGCGACUUGAACUAGUA